GGGCUCAGUUCUCUUUUCGCUCUCAGACAUGGGCACACCACAGAAGGAUGUUACCAUCAAGUCAGAUGCGCCUGACACCCUCUUACUGGAGAAGCAUGCAGAUUAUAUUGCAUCCUAUGGCUCAAAGAAAGAUGAUUAUGAGUACUGUAUGUCUGAGUACUUGAGAAUGAGUGGCGUCUAUUGGGGUCUGACUGUAAUGGAUCUCAUGGGACAACUAAAUCGCAUGAAUAAAGAAGAAAUUCUGGCAUUUAUUAAGUCAUGUCAACACGAGUGUGGUGGAAUAAGUGCUAGUAUUGGACAUGAUCCUCAUCUUUUGUACACUCUGAGUGCUGUCCAGAUUCUUACUCUGUAUGAUAGUAUUAAUGUUAUUGACGUAAAUAAAGUUGUGGAAUAUGUUCAGAGUCUACAGAAAGAAGAUGGUUCUUUUGCUGGAGAUAUUUGGGGAGAAAUUGAUACAAGAUUCUCUUUUUGUGCUGUGGCAACUUUGGCUCUAUUGGGGAAGCUGGAUGCUAUUAAUGUGGAAAAGGCAAUUGAAUUUGUUUUAUCGUGUAUGAACUUUGAUGGUGGAUUUGGUUGUAGGCCAGGUUCUGAGUCCCAUGCUGGGCAGAUCUAUUGUUGCACAGGAUUCCUGGCUAUUACUAAUCAGUUGCACCAAGUAAACUCUGAUUUACUUGGGUGGUGGCUUUGUGAACGGCAGUUACCUUCAGGUGGACUGAAUGGAAGGCCAGAGAAGUUACCAGAUGUAUGCUAUUCAUGGUGGGUGUUGGCUUCCCUAAAGAUAAUAGGAAGGCUUCAUUGGAUUGAUCGAGAGAAACUGCGCAGUUUCAUCUUAGCGUGUCAAGAUGAAGAAACUGGAGGAUUUGCAGACAGACCAGGAGAUAUGGUAGAUCCUUUUCAUACUUUAUUUGGAAUUGCUGGAUUGUCACUUUUGGGAGAAGAACAAAUUAAACCUGUUAAUCCUGUUUUUUGCAUGCCUGAAGAAGUACUUAGGAGAAUGAAUAUUCAGCCUGAACUAGUGAGCUAGGUUCAUUGAUGCAAAGUUGCUUAGUAUAAUUUUGUCAUCCUAAAAUUUCUGUUUUUGAAGUGCUUGUCAUACUUAAAAAUGACUGUUAAUAUUUUAUAUAUGAGUUGUGAUUGUGAUAAUUUUAAUAAAUUAUAUAAGUAUACAUAUUGUAAAAUAAAGGCCUAUCUUCAGCUUUUGCUUUUCUUAUAGAAUGCUGUCAUUCUGAAUACAAUAUUUUGUUUAUACUUCAAUGUAUUUAAAUUUCCCUAAGAGUAAUAACGCUAGUUAAUGAAGUCUUGUAUUUGACUUGAUUUUCCCAUGUGCUCCCUCCAUGUUAUGUAAUGAUAGUUCAUGUAAAUUGGUCUAUGUCAAUGAAAUUGUUAACUGAUUAAAUAUUGAUAUGCCCCACAUGAAUUAAAAGAUGCACAAAGUGAAAUAAACUUGAAAUUUGGGAGUUA